AUGAGCUCCUCUGACUCUUCUUCCGCGGAAUCCUGUCUAGCCACGGUUAAGAUGAUUUUCACCACCGUGGCCUCGGUGGCUGCAACCGCAAUGCUGGCUAGAUCAAUAGUUGUAGAUUAUUUGCCUGGGGAGAUGACAAUAAUCAUCGAAGAAUUUGAAGGGUUUGUUCACAAUGAAGUCUUUGAGGCGGCAAAGACUUAUUUGGCCACCAAAAUCUCUCCUUUUAACAAAACAAUAGAAGUGAGUAAACACGAGAAAGAGAACAACUACAACGUCAUGUUGGAACGUGAUGAAGAAGUUAUGGACACCUUUAAUGGAGUCAAAUUCCGGUGGGUUUUCCAUUGCUGCUAUGUUAAGUCCAAGAAAUUUCACAACCCGCGGGAUUUAAACUCGAUGUUGAGAUCCGAGGUUAGAUCAUUCAAGCUUAACUUGCACAAGAAAUUCAAGGACGUAGCUCUUAAAUCCUACUUGCCAUUCAUGGUGAAAAGAGCCAAGUUGAUGAAGCAAGAAAUGAAAACACUCAAGAUCUUCACUUUGGACCCAGAUAACAUGUUUCAGACUUACGGAGACGCUUGGACCUCUGUGAUUCUUGACCAUCCUUCUACCUUCAAGACGCUAGCAAUGGACUUAGAUGUCAAGAGAAAUGUGAUUGAGGAUCUUGACCAGUUCAUACAACGCAAAAACUUCUAUAAGAAGCUUGGUAAAGCUUGGAAGAGAGGUUAUUUGUUGUACGGUCCACCAGGAACAGGGAAAUCAAGUUUGAUCGCAACCAUCACCAAUUAUCUCAACUUUGAUAUUUAUGACUUAGAGUUAACUGCGGUUAAAAACAAUUCUGAGCUCCGGAGAUUGUUGAUUUCCACUGCUAAUCGUUCGAUUCUUGUUGUGGAAGAUAUUGAUUGUUCGAUCGAAUUGAAAGAUAGGAUAAUUGAUGAACCCCCUCGGGAAUCAGACGAAACUAAUGACCCACGGUACAAUAAAGUGACACUCUCUGGAUUGCUAAAUUUCAUAGAUGGUUUAUGGUUAAGCUGUGGAGAUGAACGUAUCAUAAUAUUCACAACAAAUUACAAAGAGAAACUCGAUGCGGCUUUGAUGAGGCCAGAACGUAUGGAUAUGCACAUCCACAUGUCAUACUACACGCCGAGUACUUUCAAGGCUCUUGCUUUAAACUAUCGAGAUGUUGAAGAACAUCAGCUUUUCAACAAGAUAGAGGAAAGUAUCGAAGCAACAGAGGUUAGUCCAGCAGAAGUCGCUGAACAACUUAUGAAAACUGACACUGUUGAUAAGAUUCUUGAGGGUUUGAUGGAGUUCUUGAAUUUCAAGAAGACCAAAAUCGAACAAGACAAGGUCAAAAAAGAGGAGCAAGAUUUGGAGAUCAAGAGCACGAUCACUAAGGGAGCAUAUUAUGUGGAUGAACAGCUUAUGCGGAAUGACCGUGUCGAUAAGGUUCUUGAGGGUUUGGUCGAGUUAUCAAAAGCCAAGAAGAUGGACAAUGACCAAGAUAAAGUCAAAUAUGAGGAUGCGAGUAACAUUAACUUGUGA